AUGGCCCCGCCCCACCCGGGCGAAGGUGCCAGCCAGGCCAGCAGCCACAGCAGCAGGAAGCCGAAGGUGAAGCUGUGCAGUUCCGCCCUCUGCUGCCACUGCCACUGGGAAAGACUUCUUUGCCACUGCCGGGUCCGGCCCGGUCGGGCCAGGUCCUGCCGGGUCCUGCCCGGUCCGGCCGGGUCCGCAGCGAGCGGUCCUUCGCUAUGGACACGGUAUCAAUCAGCCACUGUAGCCGGGGUCUUCGUGUCCCCGGGCACCCCUGAGCUGCUGAAGCACCUGUUGAAGCUGUACUCCGCCUUUGUAGCCCUGCUACUGAAGCUGGUUGCAGUGUUACCUGAGAAUCUCCAGCCCGGGCCUGGAGACUUUUAUGGGCUCCCCUGAGAGCCUGUAUUGCUCACUACCUGUGUUGGAAUCCUUAUGCUUGCGAUUUUCUUGUGGAGCAAUGUUUUUCCAAUAAAGGAGAGAAUAUACCAAGUCACUGAACAGCAGAUUGCCGAAAAGGUGAAGACUACCACAAAGGACAAUGCACAACUUGCAGAAAAAUUGUCAAGUUAUGAACAGAAGAUCAAUGAAUCGCAGAGGCUUCUUCAGGAGACCAAGAAUCAAAAUAGGAUUCUCUCUGAGGAAGCAAUUAAAUACAAGGAUAAAAUCAAGGUGCUUGAAGAAAGCAAGGAAUUUCUGGAUGAUACGGCCAGAACUCUUGGUGAUAUGUUAGAAUGUGAGCGGAAACGCAACAUGAAAAAUCAGGAUUUGGUCCUGGGAAAUGAGAAAUCUGUGGAGAAGCUAAAGGAGGUUAUUUCAAUGAAUGCCUCAGAAUUUUCCAAGGUUCAGGUCGCCCUGAAUGAAGGCAAGUUGAGUGAGGAGAAGGUGAAGUCUGAGUGCCACCAGGUUCAGGAAGAAAACACAAGGCUGAAGAAGAAGAAGAAACUACAGCAGGAAGUUGAAGACCAGAAGAAGCUGAACGCUAAACUCAGCCAGCGAAUCAGGUCCUUGGAAAAGUCUCAGAGGGAUCUGGAAGCCACUCUCCAUGAUAAGGAUGAUAGCAUUGGUGCUCUGAACAACUGCAUCAUGCAGCUGAACCGGUUGGAGGAGAGGGGAUCGGAAUCUGAGGGUCGAGGUCCAGGCAGAUGUGAGCCAGGUGAAUUAGCCAAAGGAGAAGUGGGAGGUGGGGAAUAUAAGAAGGCUCACAUGCACCAGCUGAUGGAUGUCUCCCAGACACAUCCCACAAUAUCCGUAUUUCAGAAAGAUCUCCAACUCCUGGAGUUGAAGCUGAGAGCCUCCCUGUCUGCCAAAUGUGAUCUGGAAGACCAGAUCGUGAAGGUAGGUGAGGACUGCGGCAGGCUGCAGGCAGACAAGGCCCAGAUGGAGGAGGAAUUUAGCAUGCUGCAGCAGAAGGUGGAGGUCCUGAAGGAGCUGUCCCACCAGAAGGAGCUGGAGCUGCAGAAAUCCAGGCCCUGGCCCUGUGGCCAACAGCAGCUCCCACGGCUCCUCCCCAGAGAAGGACAUGGACAACGCCAAGCUGGUCUGGGCGUGGCAACCCCGCAGACUAGGUCACCAUCUGACUGGGGCCUUCACUAA